GGAUAUUUAGUGGUGCAUAUUUCCAAACAAAGGUACAAUUUUCCAAAUUAACACAAACCAUUGCCAAACUGUCAAGAUGGGGCUUUUGGGGGCCCUGGGGCCUACAUUCAUUCAUUCCAGCCAACAUUAAUCCAAAUAACAAUAAAUACGACCAUAAUAAUAAUACAUCAAUUACAAAUAAAAAUCUGCUUAGAUAACAUUUAAUUCUGUUUUAUUGCUGGGUAAACGUCAGCAACAUGCAUAUAAAAUAAUAAUAAUAUACAUAUUUAAAUUCACAUUCACAGUAACGUGUUCAGUAAUGUAUUCUGCUUUCAUGUUGUUUUUAAUGCUGGGGUCUUUAGUGCGCAUGCGUUCGCCCAACAGCUACUACUCAGCAUGCACAUGCAGAGAAAUCCCAUAACGUGAGAGCACAGCGCACCGGAGGGACUAGCUAGUUGUUUUCCAGCUGUCCGUGGACUGUUUACACCCGCCUUCACUUGUAUCCAUGCAUCACCUCACGUUUGACAGCGACACGUAGUUCUGCUGCACAGCCUCUUGAGCCACCAAGUGUUGGGGACUUGAAGCGAGCGAUGUCGGAGGAGGACUGGGUGGCAACAACAACAACAGGGCGCGCUGCUGUGCCGUUAGCAUCGCAACGUCCUCCGGUCCAUGUUGCUUAACCCUGCCGGGCGAGUACACCUGUCCAGUCCAGUCCAGCUCAGUCCAGUCCCGAGGCCCACCGUGAUGGCCGAGGAGGACCCCCAGCAGCAGCCGGACCGCAGGGCGAGGAGCCUGCCCGGCCUGCUCCCCGGGCUGCAGGGCGCUGAGGCCAGUGCUCUGCAGCUCAGGAUCAAGAACUCCAUCUGCAAAUCUGUUCAAUCAAAAGUGGAAAACAUUCUGCAAGAUGUCGAGAAGUUCUCAGACAUUGAAAAACUCUACCUCUACCUGAAGUUGCCUUCUGGUCCUAGCACUAGCACUGAUAAAAGUGACCAGAGUGCCCUGUCAUCAAGCCGCACACAGCAGAUGCAUGCGUUCAGCUGGAUCCGCAAUUAUUUAGAGGAAUACCCAGAGACCUCUCUUCCCAAACAGGAGGUCUAUGAUGAAUACAAGAGCUUCUGUGACAAUCUUAACUACCACCCACUGAGUGCUGCGGACUUUGGAAAAAUGAUGAAAAAUGUCUUCCCGAACAUGAAGGCGCGUCGACUUGGCAUGAGAGGAAAAUCUAAAUAUUGCUAUAGUGGACUAAGGAAGAGGCCCUUUGUUCACAUGCCAUCUUUACCCACUCUGGAUCUCCAUAAAACAGGGGAUGGACUCCAGUGUGAUAUCCUAGAGUCACCGGGCCAGCUGAGCAGCAUAAAGGAGGAUGUGCGAUUUGCAGCCUGUGAUCUGGUGUGUGAGUGGGCCCAAAAGGUGCUGAAACGCCAGUUUGAUGCCGUGGAAGACUUGGCUCGCUUCCUAAUCGACAGCCAUUACAUCAGCAACAAGUCUUUGGCAGCUCUCACCAUUACGACCGGCACAGCGACAGAGGUUAAUACUCUACAGACGCUCUCUGCAUUCGUCCCCACUGCUGAGGCUCACUCCUUCCAGCCUCAUGUGACAACCCUGUCCUCGCCUUCUGUCGAUGCAAAGCAGCAGCUCCAGAGGAAGAUCCAGAGGAAACAACAAGAACAGAAGUUGCACUCACCUUUACCUGGAGAGGGACUAACCAAGAGGGCAGAUGACGGUGUGCCUUGUGUUAGCCCCACGACUCUGUCACCUCAGCCAACCAUAGGCAUCGUGGUCGCCGCUGUCCCAAGUCCCAUCACGGUACCGAGAAGCAGGCAGUUGAUGUCCCCCAGUCCCAUGGGUACAGUAGAGAGCAAAGUGCUGCCAAUUAACUUCCAAAUGGUGACCCAGCCAGUUCAGGCAGUGAAACAGAGCCCCAAAACCCCGCAAAAUAUUCUAGCCAGUCCGGCGGGAGAACGCUCUGCUCGGCAGCGCUAUGCACAAAUCCUGCCCAAACCUUCAGCCACAACUGCUUUCACUUUGCGCUCACCCUCCACCAUGAUCAUCGGCAACAGCCCCAUUAAGACUAUGAUGACUACAUGUCACGUCAGCCCAGUCAGUUUGGUCAAGAUGACAGCCAUAUCGCUUGCACCCAGCAGCAGCAAUACCACCACUUCCCUCACAAACACCAGUCUGCGGCCAGCAUCUGCAGGCAUUAGCAGUUCUGCAAUUGCAGAAGACAUCAGCUACAAUCAAAGCAUGAGGAGCACCUCUGCAGUCCCCAUUCUGGCCCCGGUGGCCAGGCCAGGGCAGACUACUAACACCCCUACCAUCGAUGUUGAAAUGGAAGUUGAAGCUAUACAUAAAAACAGCCAAAUGCAAAAUCCUAGCAGUCUAAUUCUGACUCAAGGAGCAAUGGCAAAUAGGGCUGCAGGGGCUGUACAGAGGGCUGCCAGCGUGCCCAUACCUCAGACUAGAGCCUUCCUGGGUCUGGAGGAAACAUCCAGCACUAAUUGCAACGGAAAGUCCCCCUCAAGCACUAACAUUGUGGCACUAACACUGUGUAACACUGUCGAAGGCAGCAAUAAUGGCGCCAAUAAUACAAGCACUUUGCACUUAACUCCCUCUACUCACAAUACCAGCGCUGUUUCUUUACUAAACACCAGCAGAGCACCUUCAUUUGGGGAAAGCAGCAGUGUUACAUCAGCAAAGGAAGGUUUUUUGUCCACUAAGAGCCUCAGGAAACGCUCGGCCCUCAGUCCAGACCUUUCGCCAGUCAAAAGGGCUUUUAUGCCCCAGCAGCCAGUAGAGGACGCUGCUGGUCUUGGAUAUGGGAUUACAAACGCGGUAAGUAACGUCCCCAGGCCAGGAGCUUCAGCUAGACCUGAAAGUGCACCAGCUACUAGGGAGGUAGAGGCGAAAAUGAACUUGUCCACUCAAGUCCACACACUCUGCACUUCCUCUUUCAGAGCCAGUGGCUUCUACUCUGUUGCCAAAACACAGAGCUCAAUGCAGAGGAAAAACCCUUCCACUGUUAUGGAAACUAGCACUUCAGUCAGUCACGCAUUAAUACAGCAACAACAGGGGCACACAAUGGCCAACAUGCAUGCCAUACCUAAUAACCCCGGCCUCCAAAAACACUCAGGUGUGAGUGAUGUUAGGAGCUCAAACUCAACCACAGGGAGUCUGGAAGGUGCUCAACAACAGACCUACACUCAGUCCACCCCUGCUACUGAAUCUUUAGACUUCUUCAAUCAAGCUUCAUCGUCCAGCCAGCUCCCUAUGCAGACGGAUAUGGACUACUUUCCCUUUGAUGAUGAUGUGACUCAGGACAGCAUUGUGGAGGAGCUGGUGCAGAUGGAAGAGCAAAUGAAACUUAACAACCUGCAGGAGUUUGGAGACUGUGUCACAGUGCAAGGCCAACAGGCUGUGAUGCCGGACAACAUAAUGUCUACCAAUCAGACCAUGACCUCCUUCUAUCAUGCUGCAAACUGCCACAGCAACCUGAUCCAAACUCCAACACCAACACCCACUCCCACACCCACAUCAGAAAUGAUGGGAGGAGCCCAAGGCCUCACCAGAGAGAGCCCCUGCUCCCGCAUGGCCUCCACCACCCCAGUGGACAGCACACUGGGAAGCAGUCGUCACACCCCAGUUGGUACACCACACUCCAACUGCAGCAGCACUGUUCCUCCCAGUCCAGUGGAGUGCAGGAACCCGUUUGCAUUUACACCCAUCAACUCCAGCCUCACUGGUUUCCAUGACGGCAGCACUGUCUCCAGCAGCCCUGUCAAGCCCAUGCAGAGACCGAUGGCCACCCACCCAGACAAGACCCGGCUGGAGUGGAUGAAUACCAGUUACAGCAGCAGCAGUGGGAGCUUAAACAAGUCAAACAGUGGAAUGGGAAUCCUCCCCAGCUAUCAAGGCCUGAUAGGUGACCAGUUUCAAAAACCUCACGCCUUCGCCGUCCCUCAUGCACGGCACCAUGACAGCCAUUUUGGCCGUUUGACUCCCAUCUCGCCUGUGCAGCAGCAGGUAGCCAGCAUGGCCAAGCAGGAGGGUUUUGCUGUGCCUGCCCCUCUGGAUAACAAAGCCACCAACACACCUGCUGCAACUUUCCGAUGUCGCAGUGUAAGCCCCGCUGUGCAUCAGAGGAAUUUGGGUGGAAACACAGGAAACCUUCCCCAUAUCCCUCAUUCAGUAGUGUCUCCCUUUAACUCUCCUGUGACGCCUGAGGUGUUAAACAUCUUUGCAAACAGCCAGACAAAUCUUGGAGUGAGCAGCAUGGCUCAGAGGAGCCAUUCUGUGCCACUCAACAUCAUGAUGCAAACUGAGGUCCUGCCCACACCGGGCCAACAACGCAACAGCAAAAAUAUCGCCAAUGUCCUUCUGAACAAGCUGGAUGGGGACCAUGAUGACACUGUUCGGGGUCUGGGGGUCAAUAAUUUCCCCUCCAGCUACACUGCACGCAUGAACCUCACCCAGAUCCUCGAGUCCGACCCCAACCUCUCCUGCAGUGACAACCACCUCAGCCUGAUGACCUCUGACCCCACCAGCACAUGCAAGUUGCAGAGGCCAAAUUACCUCAUCGAAAAUGCUAUUAAUGAACAAAUGCUUCUCUCAGCAGGUGACAGCCGAGCACAAUCAGCUUCUGGAGAGCAGCAUCGACAACAGGCCCAGUCCAUGUUGUUAACUUUGAGCACACAGCAGCAUCAAGAAGAACUACAGAAGCAUCAGCAGUUGGAUUUCAGCAGCGCUGUGAAAGACCUCCUCACAGACAACAGCCUUACUGCUGGCAACCAGCUCAUGGAACAACUAACUACAGGCGGAGCAGAUUUCCCUUGUGAAAUCAGAAUGACAUCAGAGCUCUCCAGCAGCAUCAAUGACCUAAACGCACUGGACACAAACCUCCUGUUUGACCCCAACCAGCAGCAAGGGCAAUAUCACAAUGCUGCUGCUGCUGCUGCUGCUGCGGAGUUGGUGAAUGAUCCGCUGUUUCAGCAAAUUACCAGCGAGGCGGCACAUUCAAGUGGACUCGACUGGCUAGAAAGCAAAGAUCAUCCAGCUGUUGGGUUGAUGGGUUGAGAAUAGAGCUUUUUUUUGUCAUGUUGAACAAUCUGUGGUUGCUGUUUGUUUUAUUUAUUUUCAGGCAUUUACACUUUAUAAUGCAACACUGGACACAUUGAGGUUUGUCCAGUUUAAGUGCCAGGCUGAACUGCAAUGAUGCUGCAACGCUCUGAUUAAAAUACUGGUCAUUUCCCUUUAAUCAGAGAACGUCACCUCACGUUGUUUAAUCAGGAGCAUUUCCAACCAGUAAAAAAAGGUUACUGACAAAAAAAGAAACCUAAUCCUAAACCUGUUGUUUUUUUAAUGUUGUGUUUGAUAUUUCACUGAAGAGUCAGUGAACAAAUCACAACAGAGCCAUGGAUUUCUUAGUGUAAAGAAAUGUGGAACUUAAUGAAAAAUUAUUAUUAUUAAUAUGCCUUUUACCAUAAUAUUUCUUUAUCAUUGUGUCUAAAUCUUGGCAACUGCAGGCAUUAUCUAAUUAAAGCAUAAGAUACAAAAUGUAUUUACUGCUGAACUAAUUGUCAUAAAAAAUGGAUGUAUCACAAGUAUCUUUGUAGGAGCUUUAGGUGGUUUCAGGGCAUUUUCUUUAUCCGAAAAAGAUAUUAACAAAAAGACGUGUUUAAAAGUUUACACUCUUUAUAGAAAUAUCAUUUAGUGACAAAAACAUAGAACCAAAUUCAUCCAUGUAAAUCAAUCAAUUCUUAUGAUCAGUCAUCACUGAAGAUGCUAAUUAUAUAAUCAAAAACACAAUAGUGUUACUUCCUUUACUGAUGGAUCACUUUGAUGGUUAAGUUAAUACUUGAAAUCUACCAGAACCAUAAUAGGAAGUGAUAAAUGUCUAAACUGUCAUUUUCAAAGUUGUAAACUGCAUCUGGUUAUCAUAUCCACAUUUUCAAGCUUUGUUAUUUUAUACAAGAUCUUCCUGACAAUCAUCACAGACUUUUUGCCUCUCAGACUUUUGAGCCAGUAAAUUUAAAGAGCCAAGUCAACCUCUCAUCUCUUAAUCAUCUCGAGAAUCAAACGUGUGCAUUAUAGGCAGAGCUCCGACAACUUGAAGAUAUUAAUAAUAUAAUUAGGCCUCUUUUGCAAGUAAUUGUCUUGUAUAGUCAUAACUAUAAAGUUGUAGAAGCUCUAAUGAAUCCCUUUAAUGUACGUGCACAAAAUGUCUUUGUUAAUUGUUUAAUAGAUAUAUUAAGAAAUAGCAGCAAUACACUAAAACAUGAGUUCUUGUAGUUGUUCUGAGUUGUUUAGUGUGGUCACAUUAAACCAAGAAGGUUGACCUCUCUCCUGCAAUGAUGCCCUAAACACUGCUUUAAUUAUGCAUUGAGUAUUUGUAUGACAUUUAUAUGGUAGUUAUGUCACACAAAGCAUUGUGGAGGAUUGUGGGAUAUCUUUCAUGUUGUAGUGCUACAUACAACAGAUGAGGGCUCAACCAUUUAACCACUAGUGGAUAAAAAGCGAUGAAAUGUAUACAACCACCCCCCUUUAAUGGGGGAGGGGGGGGGUGUCUUUUAAAGUAUGAAUCUAGUAUAAAAGAAGACUUAUGGGACGGUCAAAAUAAAACGAAAUGAUAGCCAUUUUCCUUAGCGCUCAGAAAAUGCAUUAUUUGUAUUAUGUGCAAAUUACUUCGAGUUGAAGGUUUUCAUCUGAAAAUGGCAAAAUGGAUGUAGUAGAUGAAAUUGAGUGGAAAUGAACACUUAAUUUCUAAAGUUAGUAGCAUUAAGAACUUGAACAAGUUUGUUUCCUAAUGUAGCGCUCGUCAUACGGCACUGACAAUCUGUAAUACUUGUGUUUCUUUACAUAAAUGCACUGUGUUUGGUUUGGAUGACGGAGGAAUAUCUUUUACUGCAUGCCCUGCCAGGUAAUCACUGAUCAAAUGUGAAAGUGUUGCUUUACACUGAGCUGUGUGUAAAGUAGGCAUGCAACCACAGAUGAGAUGAGACUCGCAGGUGCUGCUGAGGGUUUUGGUCUCUGAGCCUUAUGUCCAUACCAAAGACUUUAAAUAUAACCUGCAAUGACAUGCACUAAGAUCUCGGGUGUCUAAUAUAAAUCUCCUAUGUGAGGGACAUACUAAGUUAUGUUAUGUAUGAUAACAGCCAUAACAAAUAUAUUCUGUAAUAUGACAGAUAAAAUGGGAAAUAAGUGAAAAAUUGGUAACAUUUGCAGCACUGGGAAGCAUUUCUUUAUAAAAUCAGUACAUCAGAACAAUAUUAAGAAUUUCUUUGCUUACUAUUGUUGAUGCUUUUGUAAACCCAACAGGUAAAUAAUAUUUUUAUGGAGGCAAAAAAACACUGUAAGAUUCCUGAGUGUAUUUGUAUUGCUGGUCACACUAACUUUAUUUGUUGUACAGACUGGGGGUGUGGCUCAUGGUCCAGUGUGUUUUUGUUUUACUACUAUUUAUUUAGAGUGUGUUGUUUGUACAGAAGCUGUAACCUUGCAAACCAUAUAAUCUUGUGAAUCUGUUAUGAUGUUUUGUAGCAUACUUUUUAAGUGUCAUAGCAUAUUACCACGUGUCAUAUACAGUUCUUUUUUCAACAGAUAACUUGUCCAAUACAUUGUGGUGAAUAAUGAGAAAAUUUUACAAAACUCUCAAGAUUCAGCUUGUAAUCCAAAACCUUUCAGAACUGGAUUUUGACAGAAAAUUACCCCUGAAAAUAUUUGCACGUUUAAAAUGUGGAAAUGAGAUAUAUUGUGACUUCUGUAAAAGCAGAUUAUAUCAUUGUAAUAAUAAUAGUCUAAUUUGGAGUAUAAUUUAAUAUUGAGCAAUUUAGACAAACUUUUAUUUAUAUUCAGCUUUUGAAUCUGUUCUCUCAGUUUUGAUGUUUAUCUUUAUUGUGUCAUUUGCAUUUAUUUGGUUAGCACUGAUGUUUGUGUUUAAUGAAGACUUUACCCUUCCUCUUGUUGAACGUGGUUCAGAGCUGUAGAACUGCCCUCCACUGUUAUGUUGCUGUGGUCAGUGUACAGGGGAUUUUUCUUCUUGUUUUUUUGCAUUUUAGCAAGUGCUUUUAUAAGGGGAAGUGCUUGUUGAUACUGGUUUUUAAAGACUUUUUAAAACUAAUAAACAUUUUUAAGUACA